AGUUUUUUAUUCUGUUAUUUAUUUAUUUUGCUCGAAAUCGUUUGCCUUGUUCAAUUGGCCUGUUGUAUAUUUAAUUAUUUGGUCUGAUAUUUUAUUCGUUAGGCUUGGCGCACGGGACAGCCACACACUACUCGCUCGCAUAAAUUCAUUUAGGCGUACGCACAUACAUACACAUAUACGCACAUACCACUAGACACUACUACUGAACGUUGCACCGGCAGUGGUGCGGCAGUGCUAUAGAAAAAAAUAACAACAGCACUGUUUUUAUUCCACACAUGGACGCGACAGGGAGCUGGGUCGUGACAACAAUGAUAUGGUCGGCGGGGCUCUGCAGCUGGGCGGCAACGCUAAUGUCAGCGGCGUCGAUAUGGUCGCAUUGCAAGAACUACAGCCAGCCGAACCUGCAGCGGUGGGUGAUCCGCAUUAUAAUGAUGGUCCCGGUGUAUGCGCUGACAGCGUGGUACAGUCUAGUGUCGGUCAGCGCAGGGUACUAUCUGGACACGGUGCGCGACAUCUACGAGGCAUUCGUGAUAUACUGCUUCGUCAGCCUGUUGAUAGCGUACUUUGGCGGCGAGCGGGCGUUUCUGGUGGCGAUGCACGACCAGAACCCAACAAAGCUGUUCUGGCCGGCAUCACUGGUGCGCAAGGACCUGGACCUGAGUGACCCGUACGACUAUCUGUUCCUGAAGCGCGGGAUUCUGCAGUACGUGCUGGUGAAGCCAAUCCUGGCUGUGAGCACAAUGGUGCUCCGGUCGCUCGGGGCGUAUCAUGAGGGCGAGUGGGGGCCGUCGGACGGAUACCUGUGGACGCAGGUAGUGUACAACAGCAGCGUGUCACUGUCGCUCUACUGCCUGGUGGUGUUCUACAUGGCGACGCGCUCGAGCCUGGCGCAGUGGAAGCCGUUGCCGAAGUUUAUGUGCGUCAAGGCAAUAGUGUUCUUUUCGUACUGGCAAGGGCUGGGGCUGUCGAUCUUGGUUGGGCUGGGCGUGAUCCAUGACACGACGACGGUGUCGGCCGAGCACGUCGCGACGUUUCUGCAGAGCUGGCUGAUCUGCCUGGAGAUGAUUGGCGGGGCGCUGGGGCACUGGGUGUCGUUCUCGUACGAGGACUACGUGCCGUCGACGCGGCUGGCGGGGCGCGUGCGGCUGUUCUACGCGGUGCGCGACGCGCUGGGCAUCAAGGACGUGGUGGUCGACGCGAAGAGCGCGUGGUCGGGACACACGUACACAUACAGGCACUUUGGGCCGACGGGGCCGGUCGACUGGGCGGACAGGCAGAUGCCGCAGCCGGCGCGGGGGGCGCUUGCGGCAGAUGCCGAGACCGAGACGCGGUCGCUGGUGUCGCUGGGCGAGUCGGGGCACGAGAGCGAGGACACAGCUGGCGAGCCGGUCAGCGCAUCCGGCAGCUACAGCAGCCCGAUCAAGGAGCGGCGGCUGCGCGCCGGCAUGCGCUACACGCAGGGCGGCAAGAAGACAUACUGGCUGCCGGUCGACCCGGUGGACCACCGCGCCGUCGCGUUUGCGGGCGGCAGCAGUGCCGGGCGCACGCGGGCGAAGCUGCUGUACGGCGUGCACGGCGCAGGCAGCGGCGCGCGGGCGGCUGUCGAGUUCAUCGGCAGUACGGUGCACGCGCCGUCGCGGGCCGUGCACGAGAGCCGGCGCGUGUACGCAUCGGCGCAGGCGGACGAGCGGUCGCGGCUUGUGGUGCUGGGCGGCGAUGAUGCGGGCUACGGCCUCGUUUCUGUGGCUGGUGCCGGUGCUGUGUCUGUUGGCGGGCUCGACUACAGCAGCCAGCUUGCGGAGCUGUCGAUGGAGCUUGGGGCCUCUGAGGUCGCGCGCGACGACGCGCUGUACGACGAGGCGCGCGGCGUCGAAGGCGACUUUAACUACCCAGUGAUGGAGAUUGGUGUGGCAUUCGGGUACGCGCGGCGGCGGCCGUAUGGCGGGGCGUAAAAUACAGGGCGUGCUGACAUUG